AUAGCGGAAGCACUGCCGUUUGAGUCGCCGCUGACACGCAUUCAUCGACCAGCCUUUCAUAUUUUUGCCCUCUGUCCCUCCGGUGCUGGGGCCAGUGUAUGUUCGGCCGUUUCUUCGGGUUCGGGUCUGAGAGGGUGUCUCGUUUGCUGAACCAGGUGGCGCUGAUGAUGAAGCCGCAGGUGGUCUUUGUGUUGGGCGGGCCUGGCGCCGGUAAAGGGACCCAGUGCUCUAAAAUAGUAGAGAACUACGGCUACACUCACCUAUCGGCUGGAGACUUGCUGAGGGCAGAGAGAGCCAGAGAGAGCUCUGAGUAUGGGCAGCUUAUUGCAAACUACAUCAAGGAGGGAAAAAUUGUUCCUGUGGAGAUUACAAUCAACCUUUUAAAGCAGGCAAUGGAAGAGACCAUGCAGAAAGAUGAGAAGAAGUUCAGAUUCCUCAUAGAUGGAUUUCCACGUAACGAGGACAACCUUCAGGGAUGGAAUUCCGUGAUGAAUGGAAAAGCUGAUGUCAAAUUUGUGCUUUUCUUUGACUGUAGCAAUGAGGUUUGCAUUGACCGGUGUCUAGAACGAGGCAAGAGCAGUGGACGCACAGAUGACAACAGAGAAAGUUUGCAGAAAAGAAUCCAAACCUACUUGCAAUCCACCCGACCUAUCAUCGAUCUGUAUGAAAAACAGGGAAAGGUGCGCACAGUGGACGCUUCUCGUUCUGUUGAGGAGGUGUUUGCUGACGUGAAAUCCAUCUUGGACAAAGAGGGUUGACCUUACCAUCUUUACACAUUACUUUAAAAUUUUUAUUUUAUCUUUUACAUUGCUUCUAUAAAUUUCUUUCUGUUCAAAACAUUUUUUUUUUUAUAUAAUUUUUUGGUUUGUUUUCCAUUGUUUUUGUCACUGUCAUAAGUAUGUGUAUCAAUUCGUAAGUGAGAUUAGAUCUGCCAUAGCUACUUGUUACCAAUGUUUUACAUAAAUAAUACACUUUCAACGUAGUAUAGGGCUUUUCUAGGGGACAAAUAAGCACUAAGCCAGAACUAUUAAGUUGGAUUCAUGAAGAAGUUUUCAGCCUGCACUCUUGGUCUCCAAAAGAACAAUGAAUGAAUAAAAUAUAAAUUAAUUAAAGCUUAA